AUGUUCUCCAAAACCAUCAUCCUCGCCCUUUUCGCCUCCUCGGCUGCCUUCGCCGCCUCCAUCCAGCAGAGGCAGCUCAACCCCAGCGUCCAGCUCUGCUCCAACAAGGACUUCAACGAUUGCCUCAAUGGUGCCGGAAGGCUGAACGACAAGGUCAGCUCGCUCAAGGCGAACGGCCAUAACUGCAUCUUCUACAAGUAA